GAACCACGAAAUCUUUAUUGGGUUUAUUUAUUGAGAGAGGGAGGGGGAAAGGGUUGGAGAAGAUGAUGAAGCAAUAUUUGGGAAUAGCUUUGUUUGUUCUAAUUUUGAUAAAAAACCAUGGGAAUUUUCUCCAUGUUGAAGCAGACGAUGGGUUUGUGAAAACCAGAGGGGUGCAUCUGAUUUUGAACGGGAGCCCCUUGUAUGCAAAUGGGUUCAAUGCGUACUGGCUAAUGUACAUCGCCUCCGACACAUCUCAGAGAGACAAAAUCACCUCUGCCUUUGAAGAAGCCACAAAGCGCGGCCUCACAAUAGGGAGAACCUGGGCUUUCAGCGAUGGAGGAUAUAGGCCUCUUCAGUCCUCUCCUGGCUCCUACAAUGAGCAAACCUUCCAGGGGCUGGAUUUUGCAAUAUCUGAAGCUGGAAAACAUGGGAUUAAGCUAAUUUUGAGUUUGGUGAAUAACUAUGAGGGCUAUGGAGGGAAGAAACAGUACGUGGAGUGGGCAAGAAAUCAGGGACAGAGUUUAUCAUCUGAGGAUGAUUUCUUCACCAAUUCUUUGGUCAAGGGCUUCUACAAGAAUCAUAUCAAGACGGUUCUCACAAGACGCAACAGCUUGACUGGAAUUACUUACAAAGAUGACCCAACCAUAAUGGCCUGGGAGCUUAUGAACGAGCCAAGAUGCAAUGCGGAUACAUCAGGAAAGACCCUUCAGGACUGGAUUACAGAGAUGGCAUCUUACGUGAAAUCCAUUGAUAAAAAUCACUUGCUAGAAGUUGGCCUGGAAGGGUUUUAUGGAGAAUCAAAGAAGUCAUCGAAUCCUAAUGGGUAUCUAUUAGGAUCAGAUUUCAUUACAAAUAAUCAGAUCCCCGGCAUCGAUUUUGCCACAGUUCACUCAUAUCCUGAUCAAUGGAUAUCCGGCUCAACCGAAGAAACCCAGCUCUCAUUUCUGAACAGUUGGGUCAAGGAUCAUAUAGAAGAUGCGCAGAAUGUUCUUCGCAUGCCAGUUAUGUUUGCUGAGUUUGGAAAAUCGACGAAGACUUCUGGUGUUGAUGAAAGAGACCGGCUUUACAACAUAGUUUACUCAAAAAUCUAUUCAUCUGCUAGUGGCGGAGGCGCCGCCGUGGGUGGCUUGUUCUGGCAACUUCUAGCGGAAGGAAUGGACAAUUUCCGAGAUGGGUAUGAAGUGAUCCUCGGUGAGGACUCCUCAACGGCUAGUUUGAUUGCUCAAGAGUCUCAAAAGCUUGUUCGGAUUCGAAAGAUGUACACCAGGCUGAAAAACAUUGAGAAGUGGAAGAAGGCCAGAGAUAUGAGAAAAGGCAAGCACAGAAAUUAAUGGAAAAAUGAGAAAAAGAGCCCCAACAAUAUUACAGUAGUUGAAGAUUAUAAAUUCAUGUGUUCUGCAAUAUAUUAUAUAUAUAUAUAUAUAAUUUUUUAACCUGCA